AGAUUAAGACUCUGCGACGCGUGAGAGACGACAUUCCAAAGCGCCUAUGGGCGGUAGCCCUGAUUGGCUUCUGGGAACGUGCUGCCUUUUGGGGCCUCACUGCACCAUGGCGUGCGUCUAUCUCACCACUUCCCUAUACAGACUUCAUAUGUCGCUAACGGUCUCGUCCUCUAGAAAAUUACAUGCAGCAUCCAGAGCCGCUCGACCACGAAGACACGCCCGGAGCACUCGGACUGGGACAGGCUCGCGCCACCCGGAUAUACUGCGCCUUCUACGUCUUCUACUAUGUCACUCCGCUUGCCUUCGCCGCUGUGUCCGACAGCUAUCUAGGCCGCUACAAGACCCUUCUGAUCAGCGUUGUGCUGUACAACAUCGGGUGCGCCGCCAUGACGGUCAGCUCUCUAUCCACCAUUCUUGAGAAAGGAUGGGGCUUGCUAGGCCUCAUCUUCGCUAUGGUGGUAAUAGGUCUAGGGGGAGGUGGCUUCCGCGCCAUCAUGGUCGCCUUCAUCGCCGAUCAAUGCCCCGAGCAACGGCCACAAAUAAAAACGCUCAAGUCCGGAGAGCGCGUCGUGACGGAUCAUGAGCUCACCAUUCAGUACAUCUACAACCUCUACUAUUGGCUCGGCAAUGUCGGCUCGCUAUCCUGGUUCGCAACUGUUACUCUCGAAAAGAAAGCUAGCUUCACAUGCGCAUACGGCCUGACCUUCACUUUCAUGGUGGUCGCACUGCUCAUGCUGGUUAUCGGAAGGAAGUGGUAUGUGAAGGUGCCGCACGAAGCCAACAUUCUACCGCAAGCCACGAAAAUAUUGAUCUGUGCUUGCCGAAACGGUUUCAGCUUGGCACAUGCGGAUCCUUUCUAUCAGCUCGAGCAUCACCGCAAGACGGUGCCUUGGAGCGGACAGCUGGUAGAGGAGCUGUAUCGUGGAGUACGCGCUUGCCGGGUAUUGUUGGCUUUCGUCGUUUUCUACAUCUGCUUCGACCAGAUGCAGAAUAAUCUGAUUUCCCAAGCUGCCCAGAUGGAGACGCUCGGCAUGCCAAACGACAUGAUGCCCGCAUUGAAUCAGGUCGGAUGCAUCGUUCUCGGCCCGCUUGUCCAGAGCGCGCUGUACCCUCUUCUACACAAGCGCGGAAUCUACCUGAAGCCCAUCACGAGGAUCGCUAUCGGAUUCGGUUUCAUCGCGCUGUCGAUGCUGUAUGCUACCAUCGUACAGCAAAUCGUCUACACGACCGGGCCCUGCUACGCGUCCCCAAACAAGUGCGGACCUACCGAUUCUUUUCGUGGCCCCAAUGAUGUCAAUGUCUGGAUCCAGGCUCCUCUCUACUUCUUCAUUGCGGCUGGUGAGAUCUUCGCAUACGUGACGGCGCUAGAGUACGCGUACAAUCAUGCGCCAAAGGAUAUGAAGGCAAUAGUCCAAGCGAUUAGCCUGCUUGUCGCCGGCAUCGGGUCUGCAUGCGCUAUGGGGCUAACACCUAUAGCUCGAGACCCGUAUCUGGUCGUCUUCUAUGCGUCCCUUACUGGCGCAAUGACUGCCACGACCAUUAUCUUCUGGUUCUUGUUCCGCAAGUACGACAAGGAUCAUCCAUUGGACUAUGAAGAAACGGACGGACGCGUGGAGAGUGCGCAUGAUCUGGAGCGUUGCCUUCCGCAGCAGGCUGGCGACAGCAUCUUAACGCUCCAACCACAAAGCCUGUCCGAUCUGGCGAUUACGCCGGUGACCGACGAUGCGGAUGUCGAGCAGAGAAACCAACUAGUGAAGCUAGCAACAAGCAGCACUAAGCAGGAGCAGACCGCACCGAUGCCUUUCUCAUCGACGAAUGUCACUCUCGUCGACGGGAUGUACUCUAAAGAGACAACACCCGGCGCCUCAGCGAUCGACCUCAUCCAACCGAAGCUAGAAGUAGACAUAUUGCGCACUGAGACAGCAGGUACGAGUAACGCUGACGUCGGAUGGUGCGAGAAUCCGCGCAGUGCGCCGCCCAUACCCUCGCGGCGCAUGUCGAAAGGCUUGCUCAAAGAGGCAUCGCCGAGCAAUCCCGAGAUCGAGUACAAGCUUGAGCUUGAAGGCCGAACCAGCAGUGCGUCCGCCAAUAGCUUAGGAGACCGCAAGUUAUCCUCCGGUGAAAGCUCAGGUCGCUCGAGCUCAACCUACUAUGAGGCCGUCACCGAGCAUCCGACCUCAGUUGACGAUGCCGGUUUAGCUAGUGUCGGAUCCACCGAGGAAGCGCCACAGGGUACGCAGCGUAGCCCACCAAAUCCCAACGGCGGCGGCUCCGCAUCCCGCGCUGUACCCGACCUCGUCGCUCGCUUUGAAGAGCUGUCCCGGGCGAACUCAGAUGCAUCGAAUGGACUACCCACUACGUCUUACCGCGAAGCGCGACGCCCUUCGCGGGGUUCGGAUAACGACGCCGCAACGCCAGCGGAUCCGUCUGUCGAUGCAGAUGCCACUCCUGCUCGACCCGAGUCACUCGAACCCUGCCGCUGGCGACCCGGCUUCCACUCCCAAUCCUCAUAUUCCAACAUCUAGCGUCCGAAACUAUUUCCGCUCGCCUUACGGCAUCCAUUACUAUCUUCUCAUUACUUCAUUCCAUUUGAUAGAGGGCAAAAUGUACAAUACAAAAGCGCCCAAAACAC